AUGAACAAGACGGUCUUGUCUGACGGAACAUACUACUUUCGCUCAUCUUUGACUCUUAGGAAGCGCUUGAAAGGCGGGCAAAAAUCGUCGGCAAUCAUUGCGGUUGUCAUCGAUGAUGCUGAUAUCCAAAUGCAGUGGGACACCCGUGAUGGUGACACCAGGCUGCUGGACAUGAGCAAGGUGUUGGUAUGGAUGAGAAAGCCUUGCGCGCAGCCUACCUAUCUUGACUUCGGAAUGUGUGGUGGCUACAGAGAUUCCUUCAACGCAGAGGCAAUGGUGAAACCUUGGACUACAAAGCACACACUGAGGGGAAUGCUGGUCUCCAAAUCGCACCCAUCUUUGUUCAGGCCAAAGAAGGUUCAGGUUGACUUUGUCUACGGAGAUGGCACCAUAUCGCCUUUGCAAGCUGCUAUUCAAGGGAAUUGCGCAGAAGCUCCAAUUUGUCGUGGUAACGAGAUAGAGCUUGACAAAUGUUUGGCCAAUGCGAAGAAACACAACUGCUUGGAUCUUUGCAAGGAGAGGUGCAUCAGCGCAACGAUGGACCCGUGCGAGGAAGCACGUGAUGGCCCAGUUAUGGAACAGAUUGGGAGACUUGCAGUUGUUGCGAAAGAUCGCCUUCCUGAACACCUAGCCAAAAUGCAUGAGUUCUUCGAUUGGUUCAAUGUGCAGAUAUGGGAUGAGUAUGAGGUGUACAUUACGGAUGAUGUCUUGGUGGAUAUUGCUGAGCGCUGUACUUUCCGAAGUGGAAUGCUUAGCUUGGUGAGGCAGAGGAGACACAAUAUGACUUCAGUGGCCUGGGGCCGCAUCUUUGAGGCAUUGGUCAGGAACCCAGCGUUUUCGUUCAACCAUUCAUUUGGAAAGAUUCCUGUUCUACGAGCUCUAUUCGAUGACCGACCACAG